UGUUCAGGCAGAACUGGAAUAUCGAACUUGAGCGUUGGGAAGAGGGCUGAGUGAGUCCUUGUGAGCAGGGAAACCACAAAGCAUGUCAACUUCUCCGAUUUAAUUAGUUUUUUUUUGGGGGGUGGUGGUGUGGGGAAGGGAACGGAGCAGAUUAUUCGGAAACAAAACUGCUCAAAAUCACAGAAAAUGUGGAACCAGACGAGGGCUACAGCUGGACUGCCCCGGGGAGUGUUGGUUAAAUCAGGAAACUAUAGACUUGAAGGACGAGGCCCGGAACUGGCCUCCAUGUACUCUGAAAGGCACAGCAAUCCCUCGGAGAUCAGAAGUCUCAUGGCGGAGCCCGAUUAUUUUGAUGAUAACCCUGAGCUUAUCAGGCCCAAGAAGCUCCUCAAUCCGGUCAAAGCCUCUAGGAGUCACCAAGAACUUCAUAGAGAACUCCUCAUGAACCAGAAGCGAGGUGUGAGCUCUGAAAACAAGCCAGAGCUACAGCGAGUGCUGGAGUACAGGCGGCGAGAUCAACUGAUUCGACAAAGAAAGGAGGAAGAAGAGGCGCGGAAAAUGAAAUCUCCUUUUGAACUUCAGCUCCAGAAAAGACAGCAAAGAUUAGAGCAGUUGGAACGAGAACAGGAGAGGAGUGGAGAGGAACAAGAGAAUGCUCCUGAAUUCAUCAAAGUCAAAGAAAACUUGCGGCGAACCUCUACUUUCAGUACAGAAAAGAAGGCUGGGUAGUAUUGAGCUCUUCAGUCUCAGCUGAAUUUAACUGGUGGGUUAACCUCAACACCAGUUCUACUUGACUGAUUUGCUAUGCCAUCACUGUAGAGCUCAUUUAAUGUUCUUGUCUUACUUCAGAGAAUAAUGAAAUAUGAAAUGUUUAUUCAGCUGUGAAUGGAUGGCCAGGCUUUUUCAGACAUAAAGAAUGUUGGUUCCAUGGGCACUCACCAAAUCUGGUCAUUUGGUGAAAACAAAAAAAGUGCAACUUUAUGAUGAAUAUGCCAGUUUGGAGAAAGGCACAGAUAGUAGGAAUCCACUGAAAAUUGGAAUCCACUGAAUCAGGAUGAAGCUGGAAGGUGACUUUACUAAUAGCAGAGUGCAAGUGAUCUAUCAACACUGUAAAUUCAUUACUCCCUGCUAAAACUGAUGAUGUGAGCUGCAUUGAGUUAAUUGUAUUCUCGUAAACAUUGCAUGUGAUGAUGCAAUGCAUAUAAAUAAUGUUUCAUAGUAAGGGUUUUAUGCAAAGAUUCUUCCACCUAAAUAACAUCAACUGAGUUUCUGCAGUAGUGACACUUAACUAUUUAAUGCGAACACAACAAAAUGUUCCCUUUUUGACAGAAUGGGAUGGUGAGAGUCAUCAUCAUAUUACAUUGUUGGGUUUUAUGCCAUCAAAACAAGCCUUUUGCCUGUCUUGCAGUUUGAUCAGAUUUUAUGACUUGUAUGUCUUGGUUUCUUGGGGUGCAACUAUAUUUGAAUUUAAAAUGUUGCUAAUGGAAGGUUACAUCAUUGUAAAUGCUGCAUAUAUAUUUUAAUAUUAAUCUUGAGCUCCAGAUCAAAACAGUAAAAUAAAUGGUACAUUGUAGUAUUUUAUGAAUAUAUCAUUUGUAUGGACACACAUACAGCCAUCAGCUAAAUUUAACGAGAAUCUGCCGGGAAGAUUCGGAGCUGUGAGCUGCUGAUUUUUAGAGAUUGAAUUUAGAUAGAACAACACCUUGUAUUCUGGAAAAAUAUACCAUGAUUCUCAAUGGGAUAAUCGUCUACACACAUGGGUUGAAGUAAUGAAUAGGGUCGGCACAAUUAUAACUUUUACAGUAAACAAAGAAACAAUUGACCUAAACACUUUAGAAAUGUAUGUGUCUUCUUGACAUGUUUAAUUUUAGACUAAUUUUAUUAGACAUUACUACAAUAAUUUAUUAGUUUCAUACAUUUCAUCAAUAUUGUAUUACCAUAUUAGAAUGAAUAGAAUUCCAUGGAGUUAGCACAAUAAAUAUAUUGACUACUGAUUUAAGGUCAAAGUUGUAUUUUUUAAAAAUCAGUGCUCAUAGCUAAUUGAUGCAGCAUUUUUAUAUUCAUGUUGUCCCUAUGUUAUAUUUCACAAUACUGAUAUCAUUUCUGGUAUUGAGUAGUGUCAGGUCAUGGAGGCUAUGCUUUCUGUAAAAAUAAAACUUAUUAGUUGGUUAUGAAUGUAACCCUGAAAUCCUUUUAAAUAUAUUUGAGUUUGGGCCGCUCUUAGCUUUGCUCUCCAUGUAUUAGAUUUGCUGGAUAAUAAAUUAAAAGGAUUUCUUGUACUUUACUUGAACAGGGUUGUGAAAAAUUUCAACUUAGCUAACACUGUUAAAAUGACAGUUUGCAUUAUUUAUAAUGGUAACAGAUAUCUGUAUAUGUUUUGGGAAUGUUGCCUUUGACAUGUUGCUGAUUAGGUAUUGACUGUUGGGUAAGUUGUACCUAUCACAUCACUACAAUAAACAAUGGUUACAUAUGUCUGAUAGAAUGUGUCUCACAGCACUAACCAUAGAAUGGAGUUUAUUUUCUCUCACUGUUGCUCAUUUUUGGGGAAUUGUUACUUUUCUAUUUGCAUAAACAUGCAUAUAAAGUUCAAGUCACAGUCUAUGAAUGCCUGUGAUUACUCUGUUUAGUUGUCAAUAACAGGAGAAGGGUUAUAUAUUCAGCUGUACUGUUGCUGUCUAUAGGUUUGUGUCAUUGUAACUUAUAACUUUGAAAUAAAACAUGCAUAUUUUA